UCUUGAAUAGUCUUCAAAAUUAUUAUUUUUGCAUUUAUGGCCGCGCGUGAAAGUUCGAAUGAGCAGUGCGUUGUUUAGUUAAAAUUGUUAUAAAUCGAGAGAUAUUUUGUAUAUACAUAUAUUCUUUCCAAAUAUUAGUCGCAUAUAGCCAAAAAUAAAAAGUACUCAACAUGAAAUGCGUCAUACCCGGCGGUAACGUCAAAAUUUUAGCAAAGGCAAUACACACACUGGCAAAGAUUGGAGAUGAGAUGUAUGUGAAUCCUCAAGAGGAAUCUAUCUCUUUCCGCACAGUCAACAUGGCAAAAUCCGCAUAUUCAGACUUUACAUUUCACAGAAGUUUCUUCUCCUAUUAUAUUCUUGGAGAUCUUGAAGAAGAAGAGGCACAAAAGUGUAAAAUUUCCAUGAGGAGCGCAAUGACAGUCUUCAGAUCUGCACAUACAUUGGACAAGCAAGUGGAGACUUGUCACAUUCAUUUGGAAAUGGAUGCCUGUAAUUUAGUGUUUAUUUUAAAAUAUAAAAAUGGUAUCAACAUGUCUCAUCUAAUAUCCAUUUUGGAUUCUGAAAAGUUGCAAGCAUCAUAUACUAAGGAUGGUAUGUCUAAUGAAUUGACAUCACGAGCUAGAACAUUUACAGAGGCUCUGCAAAAUUUUCCACAAAAUUUGAUCGAAAUAACGCUUCAGAUAACACCACAUAAAUUAUUAUUUAGAAACUAUGUAGAUGAUACAUCACUUAUCGUAAAUACUACACGUACCCAGCUGGCCUUUGGUAUCGGAGAAUUUGAUCGUUACAUGAUUGGUAAUGAAACAAGUGUCACGUUUUGUUUAAAAGAAGUCAAAGCCUUACUCGUGUUCAGUGAGAGCGUAGGCGUUCCAAUUACUGCAAGUUUUGGAACAGCAGGAAGACCAAUAUUGUUUACGGUAAAAAGUCAAGCCUUUGAAGUAAAUAUGCUAUUAUCAACUCUAAGUCCAGACUGUGACAGUCAGUCAGACACAUCGAUUGUCAGUAGACAAAUGCAAUCUGUUCGAAAAAGGAAUGUCUCAAGGAAUACAUCCAAUCGUGUCAACAAAGUAUCCUCGAGUCGAAUAAAAAAAUCUACUAAAUCUACAGUUAAUAAUAUGUCUAAGAAUACGCUAGUAAAAGAGAAAAUUCAGUCAGAUAAAAUACCCAACGAAAAUACUUCUGCAACUACCAUUACCGUGAAUGCCAAUACUUCUAUAAAUGAUUUUCAAGAAAGAAAUUCACGUCUGCUGAAACAAAAUGAUUGCUCUGCCGCGUUCAGUCCUGCUGGCACUUCUUCGGCUAUUAGUAAGAAGAUUUCAGGGGACCAACUAAUAAAUUCGAGGAAACUAGUAAAUUCAGUAUUUUCUAGCAUUACAAAGAGAAAAUCGACGAAUGAUGAAGAGAAUCAGAAGGAGAAAGAAGAUGCAAUAGUUUGUAUUGACCUAGAUGAAAAUGUGCCGCAGUCGCCACCGCGUAAAGUUGCUAAGAGAGCAAAAGUAGUUUUCCAGAAAUGCUUUCAAAAUACUUUUGAUCCACGAAUGUUACCUGGUCAUGACACUAUCUUGGUAGAAGAUUCUGAUGAAAAUAAUAGUGAUUAAUUAUACCAGAAGGUUUGCGGGUUAUCGCCGUGUCUUCUCAUUCUUAAUGCCAAAUGGUAUCAGUGCACCCCGCGCCCUGAUGAAGUAAACGGCAUGGUUCACGAAACGUC